UUUGGUGUUUAAUUGUGAGAGGAAGGACCCUCAGCUGGCCUGUGUUCACCGCAAAGGAACCCGAGAAGUACUUUCCCAAGGCUUGUUAUUGAUUCCUUUCAAUAGCUUGAUCGAGUUGAAGACUUUGUUGAUUCAUCAAGAGAGCUUGAAAGUUCUAAUUUUUACUCCUUUUUUGGUGCAAAGUUUGGAUUUUUUUAACUUUCCCUCUUUGGAGCUGUGUCAGUGAUUGUCUCUCAAUGUUGUUUGGGCUGGCUCAUUUUUUCUUGUGCUUGAAUGAAAAAGAUUGAUUUUUGAUGGACGCUGAAAGGGAUUUUCAUUUGUUGGUUCUCAUGCUUUCCCAAAAGUUGGUGUUUUUCUUUUUUUUUUCUUCUCUUCAAGUGUCGCAAUUUGAUUGAUUUCUGUGAGAUUGGUGGAAUAUGAGCAUUGUGUUGUUGAAGCAGUGACUAGAUUAAUUGUUGGUGAUUUGAUUUUAUGGCUUUGAAUACCAUUGUGUUUUCCAAUGGUCUCUAUGGAUUCAGACACUUUAGUGAGGCUAGUGAAAGAUAUAGAGUUCAUAAACUGUCUUGUCUUGUUACUGCCGCUGCUUUCCGGGCUGGUUCCAGAGGGGCCAUUGCCAUGAGCUUGAAAUGCCGCAGUUUGGAUCAUGUUGGUAGGAAGAUUGAUGAUUUAGGAAAAGCUCACACAAUGUCUCCAUUGCCUCAGUUGGCUCAUGAGCCCAAUGGAAGUCUGAAAUUGGUGAAUGGGCAUAGUGCAAGAAGCCCUCUUGUAUUCUCAGAACACUCAUUGACUGAAAAAAUAGUUGUUGCUGUUGAUGUUGAUGAAGUUCUUGGGAGCUUUCUUCCAGCUGUGAACAAAUUCAUUGCGGAUCGCUACUCUUUGAAUCACUCAUUAGCAGACUAUUUUGUCUACGAGUUUUAUAAGAUUUGGAAUUGUUCUCCAGCUGAAGCUGAUAUUCGUGUUCAUGAAUUUUUUGAAACUAGUUACUUCAAAAUGGGAAUCCAUCCUAUACCAGGCGCAAAGCAUAUUCUUCAGAGUUUAUCCUUAUUUUGUAAUCUCUAUGUUGUAACAUCCCGGCAAAACGCAAUCAAGGAUCAGACACUUGAGUGGAUUGAAAAGCACUAUCCUGGCUUGUUUCAGGAGGUUCAUUUCGGGAAUUAUUUUGCUUUAAAUGGCCAAUCAAGGUCUAAGUCUGAGAUCUGCAGAUCUCUGGGUGCUCAAGUGCUGAUUGACGAUAAUCCUCAAUUCGCUUUAGAAUGUGCUGAAGCAGGAACAAAAGUCCUACUUUUUGACUAUGAUAAUUCAUACCCUUGGUGCAAGUCGGGCACAGCAGCAUCUCACCCUCAAGUAACUAUUGUUCAAAAUUGGCGAGAAGUCAAGCAGCAUCUCCUAUCAUGGACUAAGUGUCCGGAAAAUAACAAGUACGCAUAAUUGGAUGUUCAGAUUUUCUGAAAACAAUCCUCCAAAUUUCGCAAUUUAUGAUUUUUUUUUUAGUUGCACUUUUAAAAUUAACAUAGAACAAUUGAGAUUCUUCAGUAGUGGCAUAUACCAUUGUAAGAUGCAACAAUUUUUUAUAGAAUAAAGAAACUGGAACCAUUGCUCUUCA